AUGGACAAAUAUCCAUUGGAUCAGACAAGUGGUUUAAUUCAUUUUCUCUUCUAUAAUAAAAUAAAUAAAAUUUCAUCAAAUUCAAAUAUUGAGUUAAAUAAAAAAGACAAAUUGGAAGGAUCAGCACAAUUAGAUAGUUUAUAUACAUCAUAUUUACCAUCAAGUGAUUAUUAUGAAAGAUCAUAUAUACAUCGUAAUGUUGUUACACAUAUAAUUGUAACAGUAACAGAUUUUUUAAUAACAGGCUCACAGGAUGGUCAUAUUAAAUUUUGGAAAAUCUUAACAGCUGAUUAUAUAGAACAACAACAAACAGCAGCAACAUAUAUGUCAAAAUAUUCUAUUCAUAAAUGA